AUGGAUGCACAAAAAUACAAAGAGAGGGUUCUAAGUCGUUUUGAUACGGUCGUUAGAUAUUUUUGGGAUGGACUUCCUACACCACCAUUUGUUUGUUCAAAAGAUGACCCUCCUCGAGGGAGUUUCACAGUUCGAACUCUUGGCUACUCACCCGAUUACAGUAGAGAAACCUUGGAUAUUUCCCUUGAACCAAUUACAAACGAAGCUUUAAACUUUCAGCCACUUAGCUGUCUUGAACCUAUUACUACUUCCAUGAGCUCACGUAUUGGCUCACAUUACUCACCAUUUGUUGGAUUUUUCACUUUCAAAAAAAAUUCGACAUCAUCAGCCAAAAUUACCUACCCUUUACAGCGAAUUCGAAUUCCUGUUGAACACUGUGAGGAUGAAGUUGAGGUAGCUAAAAAUCUUCACAGCUUCGCUCAAUGCACUCGAACAAGCAAGCUAACUGAGCUUUAUGAACCACUUGUGAGAGAACACUCUCCGAUUAGCCAAGCGAGUUUGAAAAAAAUUCUUACGCUUUCAACAAGGGGCAUGAAAAUGAAUACGAGGGAAUCCGUCGUGUCUGAAGUCUGCUGCAUAAGUGAUGAGUAUGUGCACUGGGAAAGCGAGGGAAUUUUUUUUAUCUAUGCAUCAAUCCACUUGUCCGCAACAUUUUGUCACCCUUAA